AUGAUUUUCAUUGGUGGAUAUUUCAAUGGUCAUAUCGGAGCAAAUUCUAGUAGCUUUGAUGAUGUCAAUGGAGGCUUUGGUUUUGGGAUAAGGAAUGGUAGAGAGGUAUCUCUACUAGAGUUUGCUAAAGCUUUUGAGAUGGUUAUUGCUAACUCAUAUUUUCUGAAGAGGGAAAAUCAAUUGGUCACAUUUUACAGCUCUAUAGCUAGUACUCAGAUUGAUUACUUACUCCUCUGGAAGAGUGAUAGAGGCCUUUGUAAGGAUUUCAAGGGGUAUCAAAUUGCUAAGCCACACGAUGAAGAUAUGGAAGAUAGUGGUGGAGAUAAGGAUGAGGAAAGAACUGUCAAUCUCAAAGAAUUAGUUUGGAUUCAAGCUGGGGCGGUUGACUACUGA